UUGAUAACUUACCAGAUUAGAGAGUCGAUGUCUGAAGUAAAAGAAAUAUUCUAGCCUAAUAAUUUAAUUUAAUGUUUUACAUGUGAUGUGCUUCAAACGUUGAACAAUAGAUAUUUAUUUGUUGAUCUAAUCACUAGUUCUUGUGACCCGCAAGUUCAUCUUUCACCAGUGACAUGUUACCUAAAGAUUCACGACAAGCUCUACAGUACAUGUUAUACAAUGUUGUGUAUGCCACAAAAUUUUCACCAUGUGGACGUUACCUUGCAGCUGCAAACAAGUUCGGUGAUGUUGCUAUAUUUAGUUUGAGUGCAGCCUUGUCACCAGAUGUAUGUGAUGAAGCAAAAUGUCCCAUAUUCUCAUUUAAUGUUUGUAAACAUGGUGGGAUUUACUGUCUCACAAGCACAGAUACUUUCUUAAUAUGUGCUGGAGAAGGGGACAUCCAGGCUUACAAAUGGUCUGAUAUCAUCGCAAAGAACCCUAAAAUCACCUGGUCACUUUCCAUUCCACAAAAAGGUGUGUUUACACAUCCUGAGGUGAAUUCGUGUGUCAUUCACUCUGACAGUAGUAGCUCCACCUUGUAUGCAGGGUCAGGGGAUAAUUUGAUCCAUGCAUGGGAUAUUGAAAGUGGAACCUACCUGGAUGCUCUCAGUGGACACAGCAGCUACAUACACUCAGUCAAAGUGAAAGAUGAUGGGAGGGGGCUGAUAUCUGCAUCAGAAGAUGGCUCUGCCAUUCUUUGGGAUAUCAGAAAGCGAGAAGCAACAAAUAUAAUCAAGCCUUAUGAAAAUGACAUGUGUGCACGACCACACAUGGGCAAGUGGCUGCAGUGUUUGACUCUGGAUGAGGAAAAUUACUGGCUUUUGCUUGGUGGAGGACCAACACUUACUGCUUGGCAUCUGAAAACCUUGACCCCUACAGCGACCUUUGAAACUCCUGGUGUUGCACAGAAUGUAGCUAUGUUCUAUGAAGAUAAGAUAUUUUCAGCGGGGACCAGCAAUGUGUUCAAUCAUUGGUCCAUCACAGGGGAACAUAAAAUGGCUGUACCAGUCAGCCCCACAUCUGUGUAUAGCAUUGAUAUCAACACAAAUAGCAAAUCAAACAAGGUUCUUACAGUAGCUGGCAGCAGUGAAAAAAUUGACGUCUGCACAAAUUUUGGCUAUUGUGCAUUUUCCCUGUCAUUUAUGCCCCCUGCUUCUUGAUAGUUCUGUGUUCAUAUUCACCUCAUUGUAAUGAUAAUGUUCAUGUUUUCUUCAAUAAAAUUUCAUGUCAUUAGCA